UCCUUUAGCCUGAUCCUCUCACCUGCUCCGGGCUCCUUCAUUCCCCUGCUCCCAUUCCUUCUCCCUUUCCUCUCUCCUCUCCUCCCCACCACUUUCCCCGAAGAGCUAAUGGGCUUUCUUCUGAGAAAGUCAAGCCACUGAUGGAAGCGAGAAGCCACUGCUGGCUCUAGAGGGAAAGCACGCGGCGGAGCCGCGGGCGCUGUCCAGCGUGCUGGAGCCAGAGCUAGCGAGCCGCCUGGAGCUUUGCCGACCCAGCUGAGCCCAGACCACUGGACGCCAGGUCUCGACCGUCGCUCGUGCCCCAGCUACCGCUCGGAUCCAAGGCAGACGGGUCCCGAUCUUCCCCUGUCCCUAUCCUGCUCCGACCCUCCUCUCCACCUCCGGCGUCGUGACACCGGCUGUCUUCGGCAGCCCCUUGGUCAUGAAAUCCCUCAGGUUGCCGGCUUCUCUCUUCUGCUGCCUUCUACUGAUCAAGGGGUUAGCAGCAGCGCCCCCGGGGCGCCCUGAGGCACAGCCUCCUCCCCUCGGCUCUGAACAUAAAGAGCCAGAGGUAGCUGGGGACGCAGCGCCCGGGCCAAAGGAUGACAGCGCCCCAGAAGUCCGAGCUGCUCGAAAUUCCGAGCCGCAGGAUGAGGGAGAGCUUUUCCAGGGCGUGGAUCCCCGGGCGCUGGCCGCGGUACUGCUGCAGGCACUGGACCGCUCGGCCUCGCCCCCGGCUCCGGUCGGCUCCCCUCAGGGUCCAGCGGAAGACGGAGCAGAAGCUCUGCUGACCGAGACCGUGCGCAGCCAGACCCACAGCCUCCCGGCGCCAGAGACCCAGGCGCCCGCCGCCCCGCCUCGCCCCCAGACUCAGGAAAACAGUCCCGAGGCGGGAGACCCGAACCAGGAGCUCGAGGCGCUCGCGUCCCUGCUCCAGGAACUUCGAGAUUUCAGUCCGAGCAGCGCCAAGCGCCAGCAAGAGACGGCAGCGGCAGAGACCGAAACUCGCACACACACGCUGACCCGCGUCAAUUUGGAGAGCCCCGGGCCCGAGCGCGUGUGGCGCGCAUCCUGGGGAGAGUUCCAGGCGCGCGUCCCGGAGCGCGCGCCUCUGCCACCCUCGGCCCCCUCGCAAUUCCAAGCGCGUGUGUCUGAGAGCGAGCCCCUUCCCGAAACCCGCCAGUUUGGGGGAGUGUCCGCCCCGAAAACACACCUGGGCGAGGCUCUGGCGCCCUUAUCCAAGGCGUACCCAGGCCUGGGAGCCCCCUUCCCCAAGGCGCGCCGGCCGGAGAGCGCGCUGCUGGGCGGCUCUGAGGCGGGCGAACGCUUACUCCAGCAAGGGCUAGCGCAGGUGGAGGCCGGGCGGCGGCAGGCGGAGGCCACGCGGCAGGCGGCCGCGCAGGAGGAGCGGCUGGCCGACCUCGCCUCCGACCUGCUGCUCCAGUAUUUGCUGCAGGGCGGAGCCCGGCAGCGCAGCCUCGGGGGUCGGGGGCUGCAGGAGACGCAGGAGGAGCGAGGGGGCGAGCGGGAGGAGGAGGCGGAGCAGGAGAGACGCGGCGGGGAGGAGAGGUUGGGGGACGAGGACGAGGAGGCGGCGGAGGCGGAGGCGGAGGCGGAGGCGGAGGAGGCCGAGAGGGCGCGGCAGAACGCUCUGCUGUUUGCGGAGGAGGAGGAGGAGGACGGGGAAGCCGGAGCCGAAGACAAGCGCUCCCAGGAGGAGACGCCAGGACACCGACGGAAGGAGGCCGAGGGCUCAGAGGAGGGCGGGGAGGAGGAGGAUGACGACGAGGAGAUGGACCCGCAGACCAUUGACAGCCUCAUCGAGCUGUCCACCAAACUCCACCUGCCCGCGGACGACGUGGUCAGUAUCAUCGAAGAGGUGGAGGAGAAGCGGAAGCGGAAGAAGAACGCCCCUCCUGAGCCCGUGCCAGCCCCCAGGGCCGCCCCCGCCCACGUCCGCUCCCCGCAGCCCCCGCCCCCCGCCCCGGCCCCUGCCCGCGACGAGCUGCCGGACUGGAACGAAGUGCUCCCGCCCUGGGAUCGGGAGGAGGAUGAGGUGUUCGCCCCCGGGCCCUACCACCCUUUUCCCAACUACAUUCGGCCGCGGACACUGCAGCCGCCUGCGGCCUCGCGUCGCCGCCACUAUCACCACGCCCUGUCGCCUUCGCGCCACUAUCCCGACCCUGAGGCCCAGGCACGGCGCGCGCAGGAGGCGGCAGAGGAGGAGGAGCGCCGGCUGCAGGAGCAGGAGGAGCUGGAGAAUUACAUAGAGCACGUGCUGCUCCGGCGCCCGUGACCCGCCCUGGCCCCGCCUUCGCGCGCCCGCCGCGCGAGACACCUCUCCCCCCUCCGUGUGGCUCCUCCCCCUCUCAGUGUUUGCAUGCGCCCGGGUCCCGCCCCUCUGCCACCGCCCGGCCCCGCCCCCGCCGCCUGGUCCCGGGGCUGAGCCGGGACCUGCCAGAUCUCUUUUCCGGUCAGAACCCGAACUCUCCAAACUUCCGGGAGACCCGGGGCCAGCCUAGGCGGGCGGGCGGUUUGUGUGAGAUCCUUUUCCCCGCGGGGCUCCGUCCUCAUCCACGUCUGGGGACGUCCCCGUCUGAAACUGGAAAAAGCAGUUCCAAUUGUGUAAAAAAAGUGUCUGUCUCCCGCCCUGCCCUCGGGCUUCCCCACCCUCACAGCGCAGUGAAUUUACUCCUCCAUUCCUUUCUCUGUUGUAAAUACCCCUCACGGAGGAAAUAGUUUUGCUAAGAAAUAAAAGUGACUAUUUUAUUAGGA